GGGACGGGUCUCCCUGGCGAUCCGUGGUGUGCUGCUGCCGCUACCGCCAAACCCGUGCCACGGCGACGCCUGCGUCCCUGCUGUCUUCCUCAGGCUCCCCGGGGCUUGACCCCCGGGGCCCUCGUCAGGAGUCGGUGAGGAGCCUGCGGAGUGGACCAGUGCCCCUACGCCCGCCCUCGCGAACCCAUUUCAGGACUCCGAGGAGGGGGUACGAGAGAGACUGUCGCGACUCCGCGCCGAGUGUCGCCGGGCGGGGCCGCGGGGCCGGGGCUCCUCCAGCCCCCGGGAUGCGCGCACGAGCCUUCGCCUCCACUUCCUUGUUGCUACUGUCACAACUGGAGCCGCCUGUCUCCGACAGCGGGGAGCGCGAGUGCGCCGGCCAGCCCCCUCGUAGAGCCCCCUGGCCGGGAGCCUCCGGGAAUGUGAGCCGCCUGGCGUGCACGCUCCUCCGGCCAUGGAUGCAUCAUAUGAUGGUACUGAGGUAACUGUCGUGAUGGAGGAAAUUGAGGAAGCCUACUGUUAUACCUCCUCUGGGCCACCCAAGAAGAAGAAAAAGUAUAAAAUACAUGGAGAAAAGGCCAAGAAACCCAGGUCUGCCUACCUUUUGUACUAUUACGACAUCUACCUGAAAGUGCAGCAGGAGCUCCCCCACCUCCCUCAAUCUGAGAUCAAUAAGAAGAUUAGUGAGAGUUGGAGGCUUCUCAGCGUGGCCGAGAGGAGUUACUACUUGGAGAAAGCGAAACUAGAGAAAGAAGGUUUAGAUCCUAACUCUAAGCUCUCUGCACUGACUGCUGUGGUUCCAGACAUCCCAGGUUUCCGCAAGAUCCUCCCCCGCUCAGAUUACAUCAUCAUCCCCAAGAGCAGCCUGCAAGAGGACCAGAGCUGCCCUCAGCUAGAGUUGUGUGUGGCUCAGAACCAGAUGUCCCCUAAAGGACCUCCUCUUGUGUCCAACACUGCCCCGGAGACAGUACCCUGCCAUGCAGGCAUGGCAGAGCAGUGCCUGGCUGUGGAGGCCCUGGCUGAAGAGGUGGGAACCCUUGCCCAGCCAGGUGCUGUACAGGAGAUCGCCACCUCAGAGAUCCUCAGCCAGGAUGUGCUCCUAGAGGAGGCUUCCUUGGAGGUAGGGGAGAGCCACCAACCUUACCAGACAAGCCUGGUAAUUGAAGAGACCUUAGUGAAUGGCUCAUCAGAUGUCCCUGCUGGAAGCCUGGCUGUGCCCCACUCCCAGGUUGGAGAGAGUGUGUCUGUGGUUACAGUCAUGAGGGAUUCCAGUGAGAGUAGCUCCUCUACACCAGCCACACAGUUCAUCAUGUUGCCUCUGCCUGCCUACUCAGUUGUAGAGAAUCCCACCUCCAUCAAACUGACCACUACAUACACCCGCCGGGGCCAUGGGACAUGCACCAGCCCAGGCUGCUCCUUUACAUAUGUCACCAGGCACAAACCACCUAAGUGCCCUGCCUGUGGUAACUUCCUAGGAGGAAAGUGGAUCCCAAAGGAAAAGCCAGCCAAAGUCAAAGUGGAAUUGGCUUCUGGUGUCUCCUCCAAAAGCUCUGUGGUUAAAAGAAGUCAGCAGCUUGUCAACACCGAGCAAAAUUCCCCUAAGGAAAAUGCCUCCAGACUGAGUCUGGAGAACUCGGAAGCUGUGAGCCAGCUCCUGAGUGUAGCUCCUCCAAGAGAAGUGGGUGAGGAGAAUGAGUGGGACGAAGUGAUCGUCUCUGAUACCCAUGUUGUGAUCAAGGAAGCUACUGAGAAUUGUGGUGCAACACCCACUAAGAGGCCGGUCAUCAAGUGUGGUGUGCCACCUCAGGUCACUCUGGGGACAACAGAGAACGACAGUCCUGGACCAGACAUAGCACCCCUAGCUGGAGGAACCAGCACCUCUAGUCUACUCCCUUCUCCUAAAAAACCUACAGGUGUUGACCUGCUCACCACUGGGCCCAGAGUCCCAGAGCUUAAAGGUAGAGCACGGGGCAAGCCUUCCUUACUGGCUGCAGCAAGACCCAUGAGAGCAAUUCUGCCAGCCCCAGCUAAUGUGGGGAGAGGCAGCAGCAUGGGACUGCCCAGGGCCAGGCAGGCCUUUCCCCUCAGUGAUAAGACUUCCUCUAUGAGGACCUGUGGCCUGAAGCCAAGCACGCUGAAGCAGCUGGGUCAGCCCAUCCAACAGCCGUCUAGCACCAGUGAGGUGAAGCUACCAAGUGGCCCACCCAGUAGGAUGUCUCAGGUGAAAGUUGUAGAGGUCAAGCCCGACAUGUUUCCUCCAUAUAAAUACAGCUGCACUGUCACACUGGAUUUGGGCCUGGCUACGUCAAGAGGCCGGGGAAAGUGCAAGAAUCCUUCUUGUAGCUAUGUCUACACCAACCGGCAUAAACCUCGGAUUUGUCCCAGCUGUGGUUUUAACCUUGCCAAAGACCGGACUGAGAAAACCACAAAGACUGUUGAGACAAGCUUACCACUCCCAGAUGUGCUGAGUGCCACAGAGCCCCUGAGCGUGGCCCAGAAGGAGAUCCAACGCCAGUCCACGCUGCAGCUGCUGCGCAAAGUCCUGCAGAUUCCUGAGAAUGAGUCAGAGCUGGCUGAUGUCUUCACCUUGAUUCAUGAACUCAACAGCUCUCGACUUAUCCUUUCCAACGUGAGUGAGGAGACAGUCACCAUCGAGCAAACCUCUUGGUCGAAUUAUUAUGAGUCUCCAUCCACACAGUGCCUUCUCUGUAGCAGUUCAUUAUUCAAAGGGGGAAAAAACUCCCCCGCUGGACCCCAGGAGUGCUGGCUGCUGACAGCCAGCCGGCUGCAGGUGGUGACCGCCCAGGUGAAGAUGUGUCUGAACCCCCAUUGUCUGGCCCUACACAGCUUCAUGGACAUCUACACAGGUCUCUUUAACGUGGGGAACAAGCUGCUAGUAAGCCUGGACCUGCUUUUUGCCAUUCGAAACCAGAUCAAACUGGGAGAGGACCCCAGAGUGUCCGUCAACAUUGUUCUGAAGUCAGUGCAGGAGCAGACAGAGAAGAUUCUGACCUCGGAGGAGCUGAGCCAGCUGCAGGAACUGCUGUGCAAUGGCUAUUGGGCUUUUGAAUGCCUCACUGUCCGAGACUACAAUGAUAUGAUCUGUGGCAUCUGUGGCGUGGCUCCCAAAGUGGAAAUGGCUCAGAGGAGUGAAGAGAACGUGCUAGCACUGAAGAGCGUGGAGUUCACCUGGCCUCAAUUCUUGGGCUCUAGUGAGGUAAACGUGGAGGACUUCUGGGCCACAAUGGAGACAGAGGUGAUUGAGCAGGUGGCGUUCCCUGCCAGCAUCCCUAUCACCAAGUUUGAUGCCUCUGUUAUUGCCCCCUUCUUCCCACCACUCAUGAGAGGAGCUGUGGUCGUCAACACCGAGAAAGACAAAAACCUGGAUGUGCAGCCAGUACCUGGCAAUGGCAGUGCCUUGGUGAGGCUGCUCCAGGAAGGCACCUGCAAGCUUGCGGAGAUUGGCUCUUACAGUGAGGAGGAGCUGCAGCACCUGCUGAGGCAAUGUGGCAUCCCCUUUGGGCCAGAGGACUCCAAGAACCAGCUCUGCUUCUCCUUAUUGGCCCUCUAUGAAUCUGUACAGAAUGGAACCAGAGCUAGACAGCCCCCUCCUCAUCUCACAGGGGGUAAAAUCUACAAGGUGUGCCCCCAUCAGGUGGUGUGCGGCUCCAAGUAUCUUGUGCGGGGUGAGAGUGCCCGUGACCAUGUGGAUCUGCUUGCCUCUUCCCGCCAUUGGCCGCCUGUCUACAUGGUAGAUAUGGCCACACCAGUGGCCCUGUGUGCUGACCUCUGCUACCCAGAGCUGACCAGCCAGAUGUGGGGGAGGAACCAGGGCUGUUUCUCUAGCCCCAUGGAGCCACCUGUGAGCGUGUCCUGCCCGGAGCUUUUGGACCAGCAUUAUACCGUGGACAUGACAGAGGCUGAACACUCUGUCCAGCACCCAGUCACCAAGACUGCCACACGGCACAUUGUCCAUGCAGGCACACAGCCCAGUCCCGGUGACCCCAGCGCUGGGCACCGCUCCUUGGCACUGUGCCCUGAGUUGGCACCCUACACAACCAUCCUGGCCUCCAUUAUGGACAGCAAACCAAACAGCAUCCGCCAGCGGCCCAUUGCCUUUGACAAUGCUACCCACUAUUACCUCUACAACCGCCUCAUGGACUUCCUCACCAGCCGCGAGAUUGUCAACCGGCAGAUCCAUGACAUUGUGCAGAGCUGCCAGCCUGGCGAGGUGGUCAUCCGUGACACCCUCUACCGCCUUGGGGUUGCUCAGAUCAAGACAGAGACAGAGGAAGAGGGUGAGGAAGAGGAGGUGGCCACAUAAUCCAGGUGGCGGAAUAAUCCAGGCUGUUGUACGGGGACUACACCAUCUCUCUGAAGCCAUAGUAAGGCCCUUGCCCAAGGCAGAUCUGUCCAGGGAACCUGUGGAAGUGGUCACCUUUUGGAAGGGCCUCUAACUGCUGGGACUGACCAAAGAGCUUCCAUUUUCUGAGCACAGUGAGGCCCAGGGUCCUCAGUUCUCAACCCUCUUGGAGUCAGGAGAGGUGCCAGGAAAGCCCUUACUGGCCCUGAGGGAGCACUUGGGGGGGACUAGUAUCAUUAACAUAGGGAGGGAGCAUGAGGGAAAGGCCAGGAGCUGGUGGCUUCCCUGGGGCCUGCUGCAGGUUAGGAUGGAGGUCCUGGGUGGGCUAAGACAGAAGUCCCAGCACUGGGCUGGGAGGCUGCUGAAGUCUCUUCCCAUCCCAGGGAAGCACUGGUUCCAGCCCAACAGCCACAUGAGUUCCUUAACCUGUCACUUUUGACUAGGGGCGUUGGCAGCCUCAUUUGCCCUAGGGGUCUCUUUGGGCUCUUGAUUCUCCCAAAAGGAGGGAUGCAUUUUCCUCUUCCUCUUCCUGCACCCUCAUCUGAAGGAAGCUGAGGAGGGAGGAACAGUCAGCCACAGCUCUCUUCUAGUAGUGUCCUCUCUGCCCUGGGAUUUGAGGAAGAGAAUCCCCUUCCUCCUUCCCCUGGCCACUGCUGCUGCACUCUGCAUCCUCUCCAGGCCCCCAGAGCCUCACCACAGAGGGGAUGUGGCCUGUUUUCAUGACAUAACCUGGCAGCAGUAGGAAAAACUCCCUUCUGUGAAGGGGAAGCAGACUGGGCCGUAAGGAAACAGCAGGACUGGCUCAAGUGCCCAAGGUUUGCUUAGGGCGCGGGAAUUGGCCGUGUGUUAUUUAAUUUAUUGAGAGGAGUGGAGUAGGUGGCUUUUUUCCCCUCCUUCUUCCCCCAACAAGAAUAAACUUUAUUAAAUUA